AUAUCACGUGCAAUUUAUUGUAAAAUAACCACCGUAGAGUAAUUUUCAAUCUCCGGGUAGUUGAUUUUUUUUUUAUGAACAUUAUUAGGUUAUGUUGAAGUCUGUCUGUUGAACGUGCAUCGCACACACGACAGGACAGAGGAGUGACAGCAAAACGAGAGAUAGGAGAUAGAUAGCAUAUAGCAAUAGUAAACUGUAACCGUAACAUAUCGUGAAACAUUAGCACAUAUGGGGGAGAUAAGAGCAGGGUCCUUUGAAAAAUGUAAAGAUAAAUUGCACGAUCGAGUAGUUCGACACGAGAUAAAUAGGCUUUUAUGUCCAUAGAGACCAACCAAGCUUUCAUACAAAGAAACAUUUAAAAUGGCGCUGGAUAUCCAUGUUAAUUUCUCAUAGGAACAUAAUUAAACUGUUUUGUUAGAACAAGUGUUGUGCACGAGGUGUCAUCUGUACCACUGUACCGUCAUAGAGAUAUAAUAUAUGUGUUUUGUGUAAUUCAGGCCAUACGCCUACCGUAUACCGACGAGACAAAUUCGUUGAAAAGACACAUUUUACAUAUUUUAUUUUUAUUCAAUUCGCAUCGACACAAGUGUCAGUUAUCAAAUGUGCCAGCCAUUCACGACAUGAGUAUCUUGAAAAAACGAUUAAUCGACUUUGAGGAAGUCUUGCAUGAGGAGGAAAUCGACAUUGCGAACUUGAAAAGGAUAUGUUUCCAUGGAAUACCGGAUGAAGGAGGACUGCGGUCUCUUUGUUGGAAAUUAUUGUUGAAUUAUUUACCCCUCACAAGGGUGAGCUGGUCUGAAACUUUGUCUCGCAAGCGUGAACUUUACAAACAAUUCAUAGACGAUUUAAUUGUUAUGCCCGGAGAAUCCACAGAAGAUGGGGAAAGAGUUGAUGUUACUUUGCACGAUCAUCCAUUAAAUUCAAAUCCUGGUAGCAAAUGGCAGACUUUCUUCAAGGAUAACGAAGUCUUAUUACAAAUAGACAAAGAUGUUAGGAGACUCUGUCCGGACAUAUCAUUUUUUCAACAAGGCACGGAUUAUCCUUGUCAGGCUGUGGUCGGUGCAAAUGGCCCGAAGCGUUUACACUGUCGAGUUCAACAUACGGUGCUCAGAAGUGCAAACGUUGAGCGAAAAGGCUUGGGUGUCACUAAGCAGAUAGCUGUGUCAGUUAGAAAAGCAGCAGAAGAUUAUGCACCGUUGACCGAAGGGGGCGAGGCUCAUUGGGAAGUACUUGAAAGAAUUUUGUUCCUUUACGCUAAAUUGAAUCCUGGCCAAGGAUACGUGCAAGGAAUGAACGAAAUCGUGGGUCCGAUUUAUCACGCGUUCGCCUGCGACCCUGAUAUUUCCUGGCGAAAACACGCUGAAGCCGAUACUUUUUUUUGCUUUACUAAUCUCAUGGCCGAGAUACGGGACUUUUUUAUAAAAUCUCUCGACGAAGCAGAGUUCGGUAUAAAUGCAAUGAUGUGCAAGUUAACUCAACAAGUUAAGACGAACGAUCAUGAAGUUUGGAUGCGUUUACAGCAGCAAGACUUGUGUCCGCAGUACUACAGUUUUAGGUGGCUGACUCUUUUACUUUCGCAAGAAUUCCCGUUACCCGAUGUCAUGAGAAUCUGGGAUUCUCUUUUCGCGGAUGAAAAGAGAUUCAGUUUCCUCAUUCACAUAUGUUGUGCAAUGAUUUUAUUGUUAAGAGAUCAAUUACUGGAUAACGAUUUUGCAAGCAAUGUGAAACUUUUGCAAAAUUUCCCAUCGAUGGACAUACAAAUUGUGUUGUCAAAGGCUGCGAAUUUGGCUGGCAAAUCUCUUAAUAGCCCUUAAUGUCGUGAUUGAAAAAGUGGAAAUAUCAAAUCGAAACUUCCCAUUGUAAUGCAUGGUCGAAAGCGAUUGGUUCUAUUGAGAAUGUUUUACACACUCGUAUCCAAAAUUAGAUUUCUCGCAAGCUGCUGCAUUUAGUGAUUCGGCAGGAAUUUUUAUAAAAUUCGGUUUCAAUUUUCUUUUUCCAAUUUGCUUAUGAAUUUUGCCCAGUUAUCAGAGAAAACUUUCGUCAAAGUCUUGGAAAUCUGAUCGUGAUACAAAAUCUUUCUACAAAAACAUAUCGAAAAAUGGUCGUUCGACAAUCGAUGAGUGACUCGUGAGCCUUAUCGCAUAAAAUUUUUUGUUCAUCUCGCAAAUCUUGAAACUCUACCUUUUCUGUGAUUGGCAACUACCCAAAUAACGUAGAAGCAAAAUGUUAAUUUGCGAAUAAAAGUGUAGAACAAGCUCAAUGGUAAAAAGCGACGGAAAAAGAAUGAAACGCGCGUAAGUUACAAACUUGAAAGUUUUGGAAACCUAAAUCCUCGCAAAUUCCUUUUUUUGUCGCUUUAUUAUAAUCGCGAAUAGCGACAAAAAACGUCCAGAGCACGGAGAAGCUCGUAACAUAAACGCAAUAAAAUCCAAGAUCUUCUCUAUCGAAUUUGUCGUAAAUGACGAUUUUUAUAUAAGAUCAUCGGUCGGACUGACAUUUAUAAUAACUCGUACGUAUACUCAAAAUAGCUUUUAAUAAGGAUAAAAAAAAUAUAUAAAUAUAUCUACGAGGCUGAUUGAGAAGAAACGAAAAAAUGAUUUUACAAUGAUCUUAUUUUUCUAAUGAUCUUCGUUACUUCACUUACGUUUAUAAAUAAACUGUUAUAUAUGUAUACACGACUGUUAAUGCACACUUAGCAUACUGA